AUGCUCUUGACUGGGUUCACAGCUGCGUGGCUCGCUUCGAAUACCCUUGCUGCGAGCAUCGCCCCACGACAGAACAACAACACAGACUACAAGAUUGGAAACAUCACGCUUGACACGCCAUGGACUGAUAAAGUUGGCACAAAUCCCUGGCCUGAGUAUCCGAGACCUCGCUUGCAGCGAACCCUGUGGAAGAACCUCAACGGCGUUUGGCGGUAUCAAAAUGCAAAGGCGGGCGACCUGGAUUCUCCACCAUUCGGGCAGAGACUUGAAGCACCGGUCUUGGUACCAUUCUGCCUCGAGAGUGCACUUUCAGGCGUUACCGGUAAGGGUCCCGAUGGACGCAUAUACAGCUGGUAUCAGACUUCAUUCAAUGUUCCGUCGGAUUGGCCUACCGGAGAUCGAGUCAUCCUCAACUUUGGAGCAGUCGACUAUGAAGCCACGGUCUUUGUCAACGGCAAAAAUGCUACUUGGCAUAGAGGAGGGUACUUUGAGUUCUCUGUCGACAUCACGCCAUAUUUGAGUGCAAAUGGCACAAAUGAGCUGUUUGUCUCGCCCCAUGCUAACAUCGUUCAUGUCUUCGACCCUACAGAUAUGGAUCGUACGCAAAUUCCCAUCGGCAAGCAAACGCUAAAUCGGGGCGGCAUGAUAUGGUACACUCCCUGUAGUGGCAUAUGGCAGACCGUCUGGCUUGAGUCCGCACCAUCUGAACACGUCGCAAAGCUAGAUCUCGCGGCAAAUAUGGACGGCAUGGUUACCAUAUACGAGCCUCACUCCCAGAAUGUCAAGGCCACAGGAUCGGGCAAUGCUGGUACUCCCUUUGUGUUUGCCGUAUCCGAUCCGGAGCUUUGGUCCCCAGAUUCGCCAACACUGUACAACAUGACUAUCAAGUUUGGUAGUGAUACAGUGGAAAGCUACACCGGUUUCCGAACCAUCUCUAGGGGUGUGGUUGCGGGUGUACAACGGCCGCUUCUCAAUGGCAAAUUUGUGUUCCCGUUCGGACCUCUCGACCAGGGCUUCUGGCCAGAUGGUAUAUACACGGCACCCAGUGUAGAAGCCAUGACGUUCGACCUUCAAGUUUUGAAGCGCGUCGGCAUCAACAUGGUGCGGAAGCACAUCAAAGUGGAGCCAGCAUUGUACUACAAGGCAUGCGAUGAGCUGGGUCUGCUCGUUAUCCAAGACAUGCCGUCUAUGCGCCCUGACUUACCUGCUAAGGAAGAGAACAGCUGCGGCGGUAUCCGCCUGGAAGGCCCCGAGCAGCAGGCUGAGUUCAACCGAGAGCUCGGGUUGCUUGUGGAACAGUUGAAGAGCUACCCAAGCAUCUUUGCCUGGACCAUUUACAACGAAGAGUGGGGCCAGGCUACCAGUCCUCCAUGGCCGGAGUACCCUCUGACAGAUAUGGUGAGAAGCCUCGAUCCCACGCGCUUGAUCAAUUCAGUCAGUGGCUGGACGGACCAUGGUGCUGGAGACUUUGAUGACAACCAUCACUACUCGACUCCACAGUGUGGUACGCCUUUCUGGUCGACACAAGGAUCAGGGUAUGACUCAGCAUAUGACGAGAAUCGUAUUGGAUUGCAAGGCGAAUUUGGCGGUAUCGGGCAGUAUCCGCCCAAGGGCUCUUCUUGGUACCCAGAUGAGCCUCGUCAAACUUCCUACGAAUUGACCAACUCAACCAAGUACUGGAACUAUCGCACUCACGACCUUUUGAACCAAUUAAGAGAACAGAUUGACUUGUUCGCAUGCUCCGGAGGAGUAUGGACCCAGACAACCGACGUGGAAGGCGAAGUCAAUGGUUUGAUGACUUAUGAUCGGCGAUUCAUCAGAAUGAAUGAGACGCAGUGGAAAGAAGACGUAACUGCCUUAUACGCGGCAGCUGCGCGCAGAGCUUCCGGCGACGCAAAAGUCUUCGUUGCCAUGUCAGAUCGUAGUCUAGAUGGCAUGCAAGUAGGCAUGCCUUGA